GGACGCGCGCGGACACGGCCAGCGGCGCACUUCCGCCCGCGCCCAUCGCCGCCCCGUGGACAGCUGGGCCUCGCUGUGGGCCUGUGGCUCCCUCGGCUCUCGCCGCGGGCCCCGGGGAGUGGGGUGGAAGAUGUCCAUGGAUGUGACGUUUCUGGGGACAGGCGCAGCGUACCCGUCCCCGACCCGGGGUGCCUCUGCUCUGGUGCUUCGGUGUGAAGGCGAGUGCUGGCUCUUUGACUGUGGGGAGGGAACCCAGACGCAGCUCAUGAAAAGCCAGCUUAAAGCAGGGAGAAUUACUAAGAUCUUCAUCACGCAUCUCCAUGGAGACCACUUCUUCGGCCUCCCCGGCCUCCUCUGCACCAUCAGCCUGCAGAGUGGCUCCACAGUCACCAAGCAGCCCAUUGAGAUCUACGGCCCGGCAGGGCUCCGGGACUUUAUCUGGCGAACCAUGGAGCUCUCCCACACGGAGCUGGUCUUCCCCUACGUGGUCCACGAGCUGGUGCCCACGGCAGAUCAGUGUCCGCCGGAAGAGCUGAAAGACUUGGCCCCCCCGGAGGGCGCAGACAGCUCUCCCAAAGAGGGGCGAGGGAGAACUAUCCUGUUGGACUCAGAAGAAAACUCGUACCUCCUGGUCGAUGAUGAGCAGUUUGUCGUAAAAGCAUUUCGCCUCUUUCACCGAGUUCCCUCCUUCGGGUUUUCCGUCGUGGAGAAGAAGCGCCCAGGUAAACUCAAUGCACAGAAACUGAAAGACCUCGGUGUUCCUCCGGGUCCUGCCUACGGGAAGCUGAAAAAUGGGAUGUCUGUCGUUCUGGAAAAUGGAGUUACGAUUUCUCCCCAAGAUGUCUUAAAAAAGCCUAUUGUUGGAAGGAAGAUCUGCAUUUUGGGUGACUGCUCCGGGGUGGUGGGUGAUGGAGGAGUGAAGCUGUGCUUUGAGGCUGACCUGCUGAUCCACGAAGCCACCCUGGAUGACUCCCAGAUGGACAAGGCGAAGGAGCACGGCCACAGCACGCCGCGGAUGGCGGCGGCAUUUGCAAAGCUGUGCCAGGCAAAGAGGCUCGUUCUGACCCACUUCAGUCAGAGGUACAAACCGGUUGCCUUGGCCAGAGAAGGAGAAGCAGAUGGGAUUAUAGAACUGAAAAAGCAAGCUGAAUCAGUGUUCGACUUCCAGGAAGUGACUCUAGCAGAAGAUUUUAUGGUGAUCGGCAUUCCGAUCAAAAAAUGAACUAGUGUUCCCAAAUACACACUGACGUGUCUUUGAAUAUGUUACUGAAGUAGCUGUCAAGUUUGUUGUUUUAGUCUAAAAUUAUUUGGGUCCCAACAAUCCUAAAAAGGAUGAUGAUGGAGCUUUGUUGCUGAACUGACUCAGGAUUGAAAGGGAGCAAGCUUUUUGAUAAUAAAUCAUUUUACAAAGAAAAAAGCUAGCAUCCUUUUUAAGUCCAGAUUUGACAAGACGAUAGACUAUUCAGGUACGCUUGUACUUCGUGUUCUGUGGCUGUUGCCUCAGAUGUGCCCUGUGCAAUCCUGGGCUUAGCUUCUGUCCAGCUUUAUUGCUGUUAUUGGCAAAAGUGCGCUGGGCUUAGCCCUCUUGGCUAAAAAUGGUAUUUUGGCAGUUUGUAUUGAAUCUGUUCGUGUUAUUAACAGAACAGAGAGAAGUGUAAUGAGACGUUUGACAUGCACGAUUGAAGUUGGCGUGUUAAAUCUUGAAUUCUUUGCUGGAAUACUGACUGCAGGGUCCAGCUACAUGUUUAUCCGUUAAUGAGUGUGUUAUUGGACUUUCUGGUUUGCUUCAAACCUGUGGUUCUCAGCUGAGGGUGAUUCCACUCCCGUAGAUGGAGUUCUGAAAUUACGAGGAUGGCCUGCUUCAGCAGCGCAUUUACGGAAAUCAGAAUGAUAACAAAGAUUAGCAUGGCCCCUGCCUAAGAGGGACAUGUAAAUUCAUGAAGCAGUCCAUAUUUUUAUAAAAAGAAAAAUGAAAAAAAGCAAUUGUGGGGAUGUUUCUUGCCAAAAUGACUGGGAGGUAGGGAGAGAGCGUCUGGUAUUUAGUCAGUCACACGGAGCCAGGGAUGCUGGGUCCUGUAGAGCUGGGGUCACCUUCUGCUGCGAUGGAGAAUGGUCUCACCCCAGAGGACACAUGGCAGGCCUGUUGAGAUACAUAGCAAAUUAAAACUUAUACCCCCAGUGUGAAUACACUUUACAAAGUCGAAUGACAUAAUGAGUUGAACUACCAGGUAAAUCAAAUUCUACAGCAAAUCCUAAAGAACUAGCGAAGUGAAUGAAUUGGAACUGGAGUGUCACAUGGAUUUGCAAGUUUUAAAGAAAGAAUAAAAAGGUUAUCUUUGAUUGGUAUCCAAUAUUAUUUGAGAGAAA